AUGGAUGAUGAAGAAAUCAAAAACUUCACAUUAUCAGAGAUUGAGAAGCUGUUGCGUGCGAGUGGUAAUUCUCUAUCGAAUUUCAACAAGAUGUCCUGUCCGGAUGACAUCAAGCUCGACAAAUACAAAAAUACUCUAAUAUGUGACAAGAAGAGUUAUAAUCGAAACGAAGUGCGAGAAAAACAAAUAGAGCUCAUGUUGAAAAUAACUGAUGAACAGCUUGGGAUUUACACAGAGAUAUUAGACGCAGUGAACCGCGAUGCUGGUGAAGUCUUUUUCGUCUACGGUUUUGGUGGUACUGGGAAAACUUUCCUCUAG